GCUGCCCGCUGCGGGGAGGCGGCUGCAGCUGGGAAACAGCAGCUCCGGUUUCUGCUCGCAUUUGGGGGUGGGGUGGGAGGUGUGUGUGAGAAACGCCAAGCGAUGGAUCUUCCCUGCUCCUGACGCCGCUCUCUCCCCGUCGGGACUCAGCGGGCGCUGGAGGAAAGGAGCCGCGAGGGAGCAGCGCCGCUCGCAGCCCCGUGGGGAGCCGGCUGCGGGGAGCGGCGGCUGCCUCCGGCCCCCAGCGACUCCUCCCGGAGCGGCCCCUGCGCUUCACCUUUGCCUGCAGUUAACAAGCGUGCAAUUUGGGGUUAAUGGAGCUGGGGUUACUGUUCCUCUUUGGACUUACAAUUACAUCGACUGCAGGGUCCUCGCUGCCCCGGCCUCGCUCCGUGCCGGCCGGCGGCGAGCCGCGCUCGGCGGCGCUGGGCCGGGAGGAGCGGGAGGGCGGCGAGGCGGCGGCGGCGGCGGCGCCGGGCGGCGGCGGCCGGGCCAGGGCUGACGGCGGGACGCUGCGGCGGCGAGCCCGGCGCUGCACUUGCUACACCUACAAGGACAAGGAGUGCGUCUACUACUGCCACCUCGACAUCAUCUGGAUCAACACCCCCGAGAGGACUGUACCAUAUGGACUGUCUAACUACAGAGGCAAUUUUAGAGGCAAAAGAUCUACAGGCCAGAAUCAAAGUACUUUCCAGUCUUCUUUCCGGUGUUCUUGUUUGGAUGCUCAUGACAAGCAGUGUAUGCAGUUUUGCAGGAGAAUGCAAGACAGAAGAAGAAAUCACGGAUCAAUGAAAAUAACAGAGGAGAAAGACCAAAGCAGGGAAGAGGAGAAUGCUUUCAUUCAGUAGCACAGAGAGCUUGGAGGAUCCUGAACAGUCAGGUAUGGCUCAGCUUUAACGUUCAUUUGCUGAAGCUCAGAAGCAAGAACUUAAACUACAGCUCUCCCCUGAGAUGGACAACAUUGAUGCUUCAGUCUGAUGCCAGUGGAGAAUUCAGCAGCAUGCUACACUUCCAUUCCCUCAAUGCCAUUCUGAGGGCACGUGAACCUGUAUGAAGAAGCUUUCUCCCAUGCUCCCCUCGUGAGAGUCUCAGUAAAGGAUAAUUAUCACAUAACCCGGCAGGGAAUAUAUAUCAAUAUUGAACACAAAUUCAAAGACUGAUUGAAACUUCAGCAACACAAUUUCAGGAAACAUUUUUCUACCUGAUUUUUAAAAGUAAAAUGGAAACAUACUGUUUCACUUAUGCUUGCUAUGUGUCUGAAGAACCCAUCCAGUUUUACGUGGGCAAUUGUAACUGGACAAUGUGAUGAGUUAGAGAGAUUGCCUAUACAUGAGUUCUCAAUAAGAAUAAACAGAUUCAAAAUGUUUCUCUUGUUAAUGUAUGCAAGCCUGAAUCAUCAUAUUGUAACCUUGUGGCAGAUGUUUAAAUAACAAUAUCUAUGCAGAAUAAAUAUGAACGGCUAAUAUAAACAUUACUGUAAAGUAUAGCAAGUUAAGAGUAUACAUUGAGUAUUCAAUAGGUUACUGAAUUUAUGCACAAAUUAUUCCUGCACAAAGUUCCAUUCAAAAACAUUUACAGUGCUUAUUUAGAGAUGCACUGUAGUUGAUGAGCAGAACUCCAAUAAUUCAUCCCAAAUAAUUUCCUAGAGAUGAAAGGGUAGGACUAUGGAACUUUAAAAGAAACUUCACAGAAAGUACUAGAUCAUAUGCUAUUCAAAGCCCCUAACAUACGUUAUCAUCCAUAAUACAUACAUUCAUCCUUUCUAGUCCUUUACAUCGCAUUUUUAUCUCUUCAAUGAAACGUCAUCACUGAACAACUUGGAAACUUGAUGAUGAGAUUAUAUCCACCUGUGGAUAUUUUUCAAUGGAAAAUAUAUCUUCAGAAAUUAUGGACUUUUUUUGAUAGAAAGAUGCAAGAGUAAGCUUGAAAAAGAGUAUCUUUUGCACAUCCUGUUCAAUAAUAUAAUUUAAAAAGAGAGAGAGGAAAUCCCUUACUUGUAACAUUAUAGAUCUUUUUUUGGUUUGACUGAACUUCAGGCAGACUUUCCCCAGGGUGCAUAGGUUAAACCGUAACUAGAUGACGUUAAAUUAUAUUUUAUUGGAAGAUGGAAACUAAAAGAAAAACUGCAAAAUGAAAAGAACAGUAAAAAUGGUUAUAUGGACUUAGAACAGUGGUGAUAGACUUUGAAACAAGAAAGGGAGGUCUUUUUGCCAAAAUAUAUAUGAUAUAUUAUAUAAAUAUGGAUAUAUUUCAUAAAUAAAUUAUUAUAGUUAUAAAAGUAAAUAUAUCUUUCAGUUACUGCA